AUGGAUCACAACGAUUUCGAUAGUGUUUCUUGGAGGAAUGAUGGGGACAGCGAUGCAUCGCGACCCGCUACAUCGUAUACAGAUAUCGAUAACGCCUCCAGUUCGCGGGAUGACCCCAAUGGAAAACGCCGUAUGAGCUCCGCGGGAGAAGAAGUUCUAUCCCCAGUUCAAGAUGGUGCCUUCACAGCUACCCUGGAUAACGACACACCACUGAAGGAGAAUGAGGGCACAAAGGAUGUCUAUGUUUCCUACCUAGUGUCGACUCAUACCAACUUUAAAUCCUUUCAAAGAACGGAUUUCAGCGUUCGACGGCGGUUCACCGACUUCUACUUCCUUUACAACACUCUAUUUCGAGAGUAUCCAGCCUGCGCGAUCCCCCCGCUACCAGACAAACAUAAGAUGGAAUAUGUACGUGGAGACCGAUUUGGGCCCGAGUUCACCCAGCGCCGUGCUUGGUCACUUCAUCGGUUUAUCAAGCGGAUUACCCUCCACCCCGUCCUCCGCAGAGCACCCAUUUUGGCCACAUUUCUGGAAUCCGGGGAAUGGAAUCAACACAUGAGGAUGCGCCCGUCCCGUAGUGCCACCCAUAACUCGGACGGCGGAAGUAAUAUAUUCGAUAAUUUUGCAGAUACAUUCGUUAAUGCGUUUACAAAAGUUCACAAGCCAGAUAAACGGUUUACCGAGGUGAGAGAAAAGGCAGACAAAUUGGAUGAAGAUCUAAGCCAUGUGGAAAAGAUUGUUGCACGAGUUGCAAGGCGCGAAAGCGACCUGGAGGCCGACUAUGCUGAACUCGCCAUGCAAUUCCGCAAACUUGUGCCUCUCGAACCCGAACUAGAAGUACCUCUACAAAUAUUUGCCGGAUCGGUAGAAGAAACAUCUUAUGGGAUUCAAGACCUGAAAGAACAUACAGAUCAAAACUAUCUAGGCAGUCUUCGAGAUAUGGAGGCGUAUAUCUUAUCGCUCAAGACUUUGCUCAAGACAAGAGAACAGAAGCAACUCGACUACGAAGCGCUGGUUGACUACCUUAACAAGGCCGUGGCAGAGCGGGAUAACCUGACCAACAACCCAUCUUCAUACUAUGCCACAAACCCACUAACAAGUAGCCCCGCCUCUUUCAUCCGAUCCAAGAUGGAAGAUAUUAGAGGCGUGGACCACGAGCAGUCGCGCCGAGAGAAGGUGCGGAAACUAGAGCUCCGCAUUGACGAAUUAACCCGUGAGGUAGAAAGUGCUAAAACGACUUCCGAGAUGUUCGACGAAGAAGUUGUACGUGAGGUCUCAGACUUUGAACGUAUCAAAGCAAUUGAGUUCCGCGAUACUCUGGGUGCAAUGACGCAGAAACAUGUCGACUUUUACCAAGGGGUCCUGGCCACUUGGGAACGAUUCAUUGUGGAGAUGGAAGCCGACGGAGACGAUGCGGGUGGUAGGCAUGACCCGAAAGCGAAAAAGCCUCAGGUUGGAGCUACAUAA